AUGGCAGAAAAUACACGCUCCGUUUUCCAGUCUGCUCGAUCAAUUCAGAAUACAAGAGUACCCUUCAUCCAAAAGCGUAUCCGAAGAGCUGCAGCCGCAUGCUACUAUUGCCACGCGCGGAAAGUCCGUUGCGACGCUGCAAUUUCGGGAUACCCGUGCACAAACUGCACUCUUGACAAAAGAACAGACUGCACACUUCGUCCCAACGCGACCUCUCGUUUCAAGAAGCUUCAGAAUAGAUCCAACGAUGAACCCAAAGCAGCGGACAAAACAACCCAACGGGUUUCCCCACCGGAGCUCUCUUCGAGCGCAGAACCAUCCAAUGAUCCCGAGAUACAGCCGUUGACAGAGGCACCUUGGAACUUUGACUGGGAUUCCAUAGCUCAAUCGUCUGGCCUUGGUGAAGAGCCAGUCGUAAGCAAUAGCAGUACAACGCAGGGCUUUCCGAAGAAUUUUCUUGAUUUAGAUCGACUGUCGACUUUGCCGAUGGAUGAAGUGCACAAUAUCUCAAUUCGCUGUUGUCUGGAUAUUCCUCGGAGGCAGAUUGCUGAAGUAUUUUUGAGGAAGUAUUUUCUGCUGAUACACCCUUCACUUCCUAUUUUGGACGAAGCGAUGGUUUGGGGUGCUUUUAUCCAGGAGAAUGACAACACGACAUACUAUCCCAAGCUAUCUUUAUUUGUUUUUCAAGCGAUUCUACUUGCCAGUUGUGCAUUUGUUUCAGUUGAAGUGGUCCAGCAAUGGGGAUUUCCGGACACCCACACUGCCCGCAGGGCACUAUAUGAUCGCGCCAAGACUCUUUAUGACACAGGGUUCGAAGCAGAUGCCAUAUCUAGAGCCCAAGGCUGUUUAUUACUAACCUUCCAUACCACCGCGGAAGACCCAGAGGCACCAAUGACCUGGAACAUCUGUGCAAUCCAGAACUCCAUGGCAGCCGAGCUUGACCUAAAUAUUUCAACCAAUGAUCCAAUAAGAAUCACCAAGAAACGAUUGUACUGGGCGAUCUUUGUUCGAGACAAGAUAUUGUGGCUCGGGCGCCAUAGAAGGCCUCAUUUCAUCUCUGCUGAGUUUGGACUUUCCAUGGAUCAUUUGAACGAGGAUGAUCUUGCAGAUGAAAUUCUUUAUUCUCCGGUCUACACCGCAGAUGCAAAACGUUUGCUUCUCAAGCUUUUCCAGGCACAGUGUCGCCUUGCCAUUAUUCUCACGGAUAUUGUGUCUAUUGUAUUUUCUAUUUUUGAUGGCUAUUCUCCUCGUCUAUCUAGCAAUGGGCUUCAGAGAAGCAUGCUGGAAGUUAAGGAACUCAGGGAUAGACUGACUCGGUGGAAAGACGAUACCCAGUCCCGGAUUUAUCAAAGAGACUCAUUGCAGCAGGGGAGUAUUGAGAUUCUCACAAACCUGGUACUCAUGCAUUAUCAGAGUGCCCGUGUCGCGCUCGCUCACUAUGAGACCUUUCUCGUUGAAAGCCACUUUGAUCUCAUUCAAGAUUCUUCUGCUGCGAUAUUGCUCCCUAUAGCAAAGGAUCUAAAGAGCUCUGUCUAUCAUAUGACACAGAUUAUGAAGUUCUUUUCAUCGAAGAACUUGACAGAGAACAUACCAAUCAGCGUGCUCGCAUAUUGUGGUACUCCGAUGAUACUAGCUGCAAUAGAUGCUAAACUAUCGCCAAGUCACUCUGAAAGUCUCGAGCGGGGAACUGCAUUGAAUUAUUGUGCUGACGUUGUCACAAAAUCCCGUGGAGCCUACGACGUAACUGAAUUCUUUUCUCAGGGCACCAAUCAUCUGCUCCAGCUGGCAUAUACGAUCACAGAGAAUGUUUUUCGUAAGAACCCUGAAUUAUCCAAAAAUCGCAAUUUCAACCCAUCGGAGGCACCACACGGUAUUGAGGACGACCAAUCAGGUCUUCAUGUUACCCCCUUCAAUAACUUGCGUGUGAAAGGAUGGGUAGAGGCGUUUCUCAAAUACCCCCGCGCUUACUUGUCAAUCUCAACCUGUAUCGACUACAGUCUUGCGAUGGGACGUCUUCCGCGUGAUGAACUACUUCCUCCUCUUAUUCGAGAUACUAUGCCCUUAGUCUUGGGGCUUCCUAAGCUUCCAUGGAUGAUUGAGUCUUCUCGUAACACCUGCACAACUCCACAAGCCGAAAGACUCCUAACGGAACAGCCGGAAUCCCAGGAGGAAGAUGUGAUGGGCCCUAGUGAAUUUGAUCUCGAUGACCCAUGGUAUUGGUCAUUUAUGCAAAAUUUCAAUCCAAAUUUGGGUAGUGCUCAGAAUGACCUCGAGAAUAAUCAUGAUCUUGACGGGCUCGGAUUGGUUCAUGGUAUACCUGAGCUUGAUCCCAGUGAGAUGAGCCAUAAAGCUAGCAUUGAUUCUUAUUCCAGCUUUAACCCGCGCCCAAACUUUCCAAGUUUUGGUAUUAUUACUGAUGAUUGA